AGAGCCUUGGCACGAGAUCCUGAACAGCAUGAGCCUGAACGUGAACAGACCGUGAAACUUGUACGCUCGUUUAUAGAGUACGGUGGUGUCAAAUAUAUCAGCCAAAAUGUAGUACGUGCGGUUGUGGCUAUUGCAGAACAACCAGAUUGUCGUCUACGAAACAUCUCUCUCGAAACAUUAGCAGAGCUAAGUAUUCUGGACAUUGGACUGACAGUUCGGUCAGGUGGUCUCCGAGUAGUAAUGCAGGCAUUAUUGGAUGGCCAGCUCAAUAUGGCAGAAGUUCUUAUGCCAGCAAUUAUGUAUGUGCUGGAUACUCCUGAUAAACGGUGUUUCCUCAGACCAGGUGUAGAACUCGAACUACUCAUUUCACCCUUUACCGAAUCCAACAAGGGUGUCAAUUGCGAAGAAAGACUCAAGAAUAGUGCGCGUGUAGUUUCUCUUAUGCUCAAAAACUGGGCAGGUAUCUUCUAUAUGUGUGCUAAUAACAUGCGAGCAGCCAGAUCUGUUGUCCUGGCCUUGAAGAUGCCUGUACCAGAAACCCAAAAAAUGGUUCUCGACAUGUUCUUUGACAUUUUUAGAGUCAAAUUGCCUAAAGACUAUAAUAACUUUCUUUCAGGUCGACAACACACAGUCCAUAUUGACCCGUCCGCCGCUGAGCCAAUCAAUCCUACUCCUCGCCGUGAGCGUCUCAAGCUUCUCGACCAUCAUCUUAGUAUUAUACUUAUUAUCUUUAUCGAGUCUGAUAUUCUAAUGGCUUUAAUUGACAUGGUCAAAUCUGAUGAUGUCUAUAUUUCACGCAAAGCUACACUCCUUAUUGGGGAGAUAUUACAACUAUCCACACGACUACUGCCGAUAUCAAUGGGUAUACAAGUUCAAUCAUUACCGAAGUUAUUUGCACUUGCCUCCAACUUUGAUGAUGAACAAGUUCGUCAUAAUGCUACUGCCGCUCUUGCACACAUAGACAAACUCACUCGAGCUCGUGCACGUUAUGUGACACCAUUACCGACAAAAGGAGAACGAUUGGCCACAUCAACCCGUACUCAGGAAAAGGUCCAUGAAGUAAAACUCAAGAUCGGUUAUGCGAUUGACGAUACACAUUUUCGCCAACUUCUCAUGGAUUCACAAGUACUAAAUACCAAAGAUUACACAAAAUGGUGCUGGGAUAGUAUUAUUGAACUCUUGCAGGGUCCUUUGCUCAAUCCACGACGAUUAGACGAAGCCAUGCGAGGAAAGAAAUUCAUCAAACGUCUUUUGGCUUUUUAUCGCCCUUUCAAACACCAAUUCUCAGAUAUCAAGGCCAACAAACCUAGUAUUACACGCUAUGUCAAGUACGGGUGUACUUUACUGUCGACCUUAUUAGGUCACCAAGAUGGUGUGCGUUAUCUGGGUGAGAAUAAGUUAUUUUCCGAGAUAGGCGAAGCUUUAAGCGAGCUAGGACCUCUUAAUAACAACUCUGAGAAUGAACCGAUCUUCUCCAAGGAGCGUAUGGAAAAUACUUUGACAGCUGGUUAUUUUACCCUUCUCGGAACCUUAAGCAAACACAAGGAGGGUGUACGGAUGCUAGAAAAAUUCAAACUGUUCAGUCUUUUUUAUCAGCUGUCUGAACUUAAGAACCGUGAUGACAUCAAAGUAGCCAUGAUUACCAACUUAGAUUAUACGCUCGAUGGCCAUCCUCGUGUCUUGUUAUCCAAGAUUAUGACAUCUGGGUACAACCCUAUCCGGUUAUUUGCUACACAAUACUUGGGGGUUAUUAUGAGACAAUCUGAAAGCGAAUACAAUGAUUGGAUCAUCCGACUUCUUGUUACUCAAUUAUAUGACACCCAUCUAGAUGUCUGUCAAGAAGCAGUCAAUUUAUUGGAUGAGGCAUGUGAGCGGCCGGCCAAUCUUGAGCUCUUAGUCAAAUUCCGUCCAAGCUUGGGCCAUCUUGGAGAAAUUGGAAACCCGCUUUUGUUAAGAUUUCUCUCAACAUCUACUGGCUUCCGCUACUUGAAUGCACUUGGGUAUGUGCAUAAGGAGAUGGAUGAGUGGUUCGAGCAUCGUAAUAAACACUAUGUUGCCCAACUCGAGCUUUCGCUGGCGAGGGCUCUGAUCAAUACACCUGAUAAAAAAUCAUUAAAUCCGUUUGAAGAGCGUGUGGAUAGAGAUGGACUUACUCCCCCUCAUUUCUAUGGCGAGCUCACAAAGACAGAAGAAGGCUGUAAUCUCCUUAAAGAUCGGGGACACUUUCAGCUGUUCGUAAAGGAUAUCCGCAAUUACUCUGUUGAGAACCAUGAUGUUGAAGAAUUAAGGAAACUCAAAGCAGUAUUGUGGGCUGUUGGUAACAUUGGAGCUACACGAAAUGGCCUACCGUUUCUGGAAGAAGAAGAUGUUGUCAAAGAUAUUGUAGCCAUGGCUGACAGCAGCGAGGUUCUUUCACUUAAGGGGACUUGCUACUAUGUGCUCGGGUUAAUUUCAAAGACUAAACAGGGCAUGGAGCUUCUAAGUGAAUUAGGCUGGGAAGGUGUACUUGGCCCGCAUGGUGGAGCCGAAGGUCUCUGUGUUCCGCUAAACCUAAGAGUUUUUCUGACGAUCCGUAAUUGGAAAUAUUCGGCCGGCCUACCUCAGCCACCACGCCUACCACUAUCAGCGACCAGAGAUCCAAUUGCGUCGGAUAUUCUAAAGAAUAUUGGAGAUAUGAGCAAUCAUAUUAUGGCCAAUGAGGCAUCAAAGAAUUUGGCCAAGUUACGCCAACGUUACCCAGAGUCAUUUCAGAGGGUAGAUUUGUACUAUGCUGUUUGUCAGUUGCUUGGAAGCUAUCAUUUUAGAUCCCCUGUGAGAAAAUAUGUUUUGGAGAUCUUUGACAUGCGUUUUACACCCGAGUUAUUACAGGGUUUGGAUGAUGUUGCGGCGCGGCUGAUACCCGAUGAGGGUUGGUCUAAUCAAGACAGCCAACCUCGGCUUGGUUCUGGGCAUAUUCACACUGAAACUGUUGUCCAGCAAGAGAAGCUGGUGCCAAAAACCAUAAAAAUCGGCUUCAAUAUUGCCGCAUAA